AGUGAAACCUGUUUUCUCCAUGACUGGCUGUCUCACCCUGAGUCAGGGUGUGUUGAGGACCACAGUCCAGGAAGCUUCCGAACAGGAACGAGAUAAAGGCUGACCCGUGUCCAAUCAGGAUUCAGGACAAGGGCCAUAAACGCCUCAGACAAGCCCAGGAUAUUUUUCCAGAAUACAAACCACACCUGAGUUUCUGUUUUACAGAGCACAUACUUGUUUGUUUGGCAACUUACAUGGAUUUAUUCUUCAUGACUUGCUUAAAAAAUCAAGGCCUUGUUGACCGGAAAGGAACUCCAAUCAGGAUUAACUGAUUUUUUUCUUUUAUGCUAAAGAGGCUGUUCUUCAGCCAUGGCUUCUGUGGAUUUAAAAUCCGUCACCCAGCCUGUGGGGAUUAUUCGAAUGAUAGCUACAAUCCUGGCUUGCAUUUGUUUCAGCCUGGUUGCAUCAGCAGGACACGUAGCUUCCUCAUACUGGGCAUGGUGCAUGUUCAGCUGGUGCUUCUGCUGCUUCUUUACGCUCCUUAUUGUCAUCCUGGAGUUCACCACUGUCAACACCAAGAUGCCUUUCGCCUGGGAAGACUUCACCGCUGCCCAUGCAAUCCUGGCAAGUCUGCUGUGCCUCUCUACGUCCAUCAUUUACCCCGCCUUCUUCACCUGCGGCACGUGUAAUCGGCAGAUUGGAGCAACCGUGGUUUCCUGGGUUUGCUUGGCCUUGUAUGUCGGAGAGGUGGUCCUAACACGUCUUCGUCUCCGCUCAACGGGGCAGACUAACGGCUUUCUCUCCACAUUGCCCGGCAUAAUGAAGAUCCUGGAGACCUUCAUCGCCUGCAUUAUCUUCAUGUCCAUGGAGACGCCGCAGUACUCAGGCUCCCCACCAAUGCAGUGGUGUGUGGCCGUGUUCUCCCUAUGCUUUGUCUUUGCCAUCAUCUUGGUCCUCCUGAGUCUCGCACAGCUGACCUCUUUCAUCCCUUUCUCCUUUGACAAGUUAACGAUUGUCUAUAACAUCCUGGCGACGGUGAUGUACAUGACGGCCAUGGUGCUAUGGCCGCUGUAUAGCUUCAGCAUCAGACAGAAUAACAGCCAGCUGGUUCGUAACCACGAUAAACUGGUGGUCGUCACAGUCAUGGCUGUCUUUAACUUCAUCGUUUACACUCUGGACACCAUGUACGCCAUCCGUCUCGUAUUUUGCAUCAGUAACGAGUGAACUGCGGUUAUUUAAAAUGAUGUACAUGUCUGCCAGAAAGUGAGUUCUGUUUAGAACAAUUGCCCCGCUCUGUCUGGAAACUUCUAAAUAUUGGUCAUAUUUUAUUUUUAAGAUUUUUUUCUUAUGAUAUUAUGAAAGUGUUGACUCAAAGUGGUAUUAUGUAAUGCCACCGCCGUCAUAUACGCCUGAUGAAGGGUGACGUAUCAAUAGACAGUUAAUGAUUCAAACUUUACAGAGGGAUGGCUAUAAAAGGAGAAACAUAACCUGUGUGAACUCUGGAUAAUCAAAAAAACAUGAGUAAAUACACAAGACUCACAGAUGUUUUAGUAUGCCAGCUUUUUUGUGACUGAACUUAAACAAAACAGAACCUUUCUGACAUUUUCUAGCUAAUUUUCAAUCAAACGAAUGAAUAAUUUCUCUUCUGUAGUUUUACAAUAAUAUUUUGGGAAGUUACUUUGCUCUCACCGCUUUGUGCAAACAUGCAAUAUUGUGUCAACAUGUCACCUUUCUGCAGAACUUUAUAUGCUAUUUGUUUUACCACUUGUAUUAUGUAUUUUACAGAAAUGAGGAUCCGCUUUUAUUUUGAAAAAGCUACUUUUUCCUUUAGAGCAAGUUAAGUAUAGCUCAUGUUCAUAACUUGAAAGUUUUUGGUUAAUUUUUUAUUUGUAGAAACAGAACAAGUUUAUGAAUAAAAAUGUUAAAUUAAACUAUGUCCAACUCGUAAAAAUAUAGCAUUUUAUUUCUUUGUGUCUUGCAAACAAAUGUUAUCUGCUCACCUAUAAUUUGUGAUUUUCAAAAAAGGAUUUUCAGAAAAUUGCUGUUAUAAAAAAGAAGCAUAAAGAAUUUUUAUGGCUUAUUCAUGUUUUUGGAUUGCCUCAAGCUAAAUAUGGCAUCUGCUUCUGUCUUGUACACAACUAUGCAACCAAAAGCGAGGCAUAAAGAACUUCAGGCAAAGAGAGCAGCUGAUAAAGAAGAGAAGCAGACACCCAGGGAGAAAGAGGAGAUGAGGGGACACAGACUUUGGAAGCAUGUGUGGGAAAAGUCAAAAAGCAAAUCCCUCAAUAAAGAAGCAGCUGCAGCAAGUGGAGAUUGGUUGCCUGAAAGGUGUAAUCUCUCCUUUUUUCUACAACUCUCAGCCUCCUUUUGACCUCCACUUGUUUCUUGUCAAGGUCUAGUAGACGCAAAGUAUGAUCACAAUUACUUCUUGUCGUUUUUUACGCAUCAGAAUCAGAAAAUGACGUCAUUGGGUUCUCACGGGCAGUCCUGCAGCCAUUGUGUGAGCCGUCACCAAUCAGUGUGAGUGAGCUCAGGUCUAAUGGAGUAACUGAAGCAUAGAAAAGUUGCUCUUGUUUUCUUUUCGGUACAUUAAGUAAAUAGACCACAUAAAACAGUAGGGCAAAGGAGUGAAGACACAAGGACAGGCCUGACUUUGAUUACUCAGGAGACACUUUGCAUUCCUCUGGAUUCAUCUCUUCUAUUUACAAUUAUAGAUCCCCAAAAAAUAAAUUUCAAAAAACAGUGCAAUUUUCUUCUAUAUUUUUGAAAGACAAUGUUUCCAAAAAGUUGUACAUCUUAAUGUUCUUAAACAGUCCCUAGACAAUAAGCCAGAAAGAAUUUAGUUAUUAUUUUCAGUUUUUUUAUUUCAUGUUUAUUUUUGUUAUUUAAAUAUAAUCUAUUAAAUAGAGUUUUAAUUAUUAUUGUUUUUCCUGUUGUGUUGUCAGUACAAAUUUUGUGUAAUAAAGCAAAGCUUAUAUUUUAGAACUUAAUUUUUUUUUCGAAAUCUGAGUUUUUUAUUGUGGUAGGUUCUUUAAUCUAUAAUCGUAUCUGUUUUUGUUAUUUUUAUUAUUUUGACUCACUAAUUUGUGCUCAUUUGAACUGCAAUUGACAUUAAAUGGGAGAUGUACCA